AUGGAAAAACAAGAAGAGAUACGAGGGCAGGUAUUGGUAAUUCCAAUCCCAGUGCAAGGGCAUAUAAACCCGAUGAUACAGUUUUCAAAGCGGGUAGUUUCAAGGUGCAAGGGGCUCAAAGUCACACUGGUUGCUGCCUUUAAUGACCCGGAGAUUAUGCUGAACAUGAUGCAACCUCCUCAUGAUCAUCAUGAAGAAGAAGCAGAAGCAGGAGUAGCACCCUCUAAAUCUAAUUAUAUCACCCUCCACACCAUUCCUUUCGAACCCUCGGAAGAUGGCACCGACCCCACCACCAAUGUGGGUACAUAUUUCAUUCACUUCCAAAAAGUAGUGUCCCUCCGAUUAGCGCAGCUCUUGCAAAGACAACAAUUUACAUGUGUUAUCUGUGACUCCUUUAUGCCAUGGGCUCUUGACGUUGCCAAACAGCAAGGCCUAUUUGCAGCCUGUUUCUUCACCCAGUCCAACGCUGUUAAUGCCAUUUACUACAACGUCCAUGAAGGCCUCCUCAAAGUUCCACUAGUUGAUCCGCUUGUACCUCUGGUCGGCCUCCCACCUCUUGAGGUUUUCGACCUCCCAUCUUUUGUUUAUGAUUCACUAUCAUACCCUUCCUUCACAUUUGUUAUCCCCUUCACCGACUCCAACUUGGACUUGGACAUCGAUCAAGCUCAACGACGGCUACCACCCACUCUCAGGGUUCACACCAUAAGCAUUAAUCCUGACGAUGAACUCAAAAGCGCCGAUGAUUUCUUCAAUCACUUCGAAAAAGUUGUAUCCCUCAGAUUAAAAGAGUUCAUCCACGCACAAGAAGCCCUUGGUAACCAUGUUUCUUGUGUUGUUUAUGAUUCUAUUAUGCCAUGGGCUCUGGAGGUUGCAAGAGACCAAGGUGUUGUGGCAGCUUCCUUCUUCACCCAGUCCAACGCCAUUAAUGCUAUAUACUACAGGGUCCAUGAAGGCCUGCUCAGAGUUCCAGUGAAGCAGGAGGAGCUUGCAGUGCUGGGGCUCAGGCUUGGGCUGCCACCACUGGAGAUCUCAGACCUGACAUCUUUGGUCUAUGAUUUUCAUUCCUACCCAUCCUCCUUGCGCCAUGUCAUCUCUCGAUUUUCUAAUUUCAAAAAGGCCGAUUGGGUCUUUGACAACACUUUUGACACCUUGGAGGAACGGGUGGUCAGCCCAAUGGCCAGCCAGUGGCCAAUCAAGAAUAUUGGACCAACCAUUCCAUCCACCUACUUAGAUAACAACAUAUUAAAGGCCGACCAAGAUUAUGGUCUCAGCCUCUUGAAACCGCAAGCCAACAUUUGCAGUAAGUGGCUAGACUCCAAAGAAACCGGUUCAGUAGUUUAUGUGUCGUUUGGGAGCUUGGCCACCAUGAAGGAGGACCAAAUGGAAGAACUAGCAUGGGGCAUUUCGAUGAGCAACAAUCAUUUCCUGUGGGUUGUCAGACAAGAGGAAUUAAACAAGCUUCCCAUCAAUUUCAUACAAGACACUGCUGACAAGGGUCUGGUGGUGACAUGGUGCCCCCAAUUACAAGGUUUGGCUCACAGAGCGGUGGGGUGCUUCGUGACUCACUGUGGUUGGACCUCCACGCUGGAAGCUCUCAAUUUGGGGGUGCCAAUUAAACAAGUCCGUGACACAAUGGUGGCAGUGCCGCAGCAGACAGAUCAAACAACCAACGCCAAGUUUGUGAUGGAUGUAUGGGAGGUUAGGAUAAGGGUGAAGGUGGAUACAAAGGUAUUCUUCACGAGACAAGAGAUAGAUGAAUGCAUUAGGGAAGUCAUGGAUGGGGAUAGAGGGUUAGGGAUCAAAAAGAACUCAGCCAAGUGGAAGAAACUGGCUAUGCAAGCAGUAGAUGAAGGUGGAAGCUCAGAUAACAACAUUCAACAAUUUGUUGAACAACUUGUACUACGCCACUGAUGCUAUAAGUGUUUGUGAAUGCAUUUG